GCGGGCCGAGAGGGAGGAGCCCCCGGCCGCCACCGCCGCCGCUGCCGCCGCCGCCAGCCCGCCCGGCGGCCCGCGUAGCCCGCGCAGCCCUCACUCGCCGCCGCGCCUAGGAGUUUGAGCCCCGCGCAGCCCGAGCGCAGGCACGCCCGGGGCGCGGGGUCGGAGCGCGCAGCGCGGCGCCGCCCCCCGGCCCUCGGCCCCCCAGCCCCUGGAGCCCCCGGAGCCGCGCGCCGAGGGAGGAGGGCGGGCGCGGCGGGCCGGGCCGGCGGGCGGCGGACUAUGAGGCGCCCACCAUGGUGCGAUGCGACCGCGGGCUGCAGAUGCUGCUGACCACGGCCGGAGCCUUCGCCGCCUUCUCGCUCAUGGCCAUCGCCAUCGGCACCGACUACUGGCUGUACUCCAGCGCGCACAUCUGCAACGGCACCAACCUGACCAUGGACGACGGGCCCCCGCCCCGCCGCGCUCGCGGCGACCUCACCCAUUCGGGACUGUGGCGGGUGUGUUGCAUCGAAGGCAUCUAUAGAGGGCACUGCUUCCGGAUCAACCACUUCCCAGAGGACAACGAUUAUGACCACGACAGCUCCGAGUACCUCCUCCGCAUUGUGCGAGCCUCCAGUGUCUUUCCCAUCCUCAGCACCAUUCUACUCCUGCUCGGAGGGCUCUGCAUCGGCGCUGGGAGGAUCUACAGCCGCAAGAACAAUAUUGUUCUCAGUGCGGGAAUCCUCUUUGUGGCGGCAGGUCUCAGUAAUAUCAUCGGUAUCAUCGUCUACAUUUCCAGCAACACGGGCGACCCCAGUGACAAACGUGACGAAGACAAAAAGAACCAUUACAACUACGGCUGGUCUUUUUACUUUGGAGCCCUGUCGUUCAUUGUGGCGGAGACCGUGGGCGUCCUGGCUGUAAACAUUUACAUUGAGAAAAAUAAAGAGUUGAGGUUUAAGACCAAACGGGAAUUCCUUAAGGCCUCUUCCUCCUCUCCUUACGCCAGGAUGCCAAGCUACAGGUACCGGCGACGGCGGUCCAGGUCCAGUUCAAGGUCCACGGAGGCCUCACCCUCCAGGGAUGCAUCUCCCGUGGGCCUGAAGAUCACCGGAGCCAUUCCCAUGGGUGAGCUGUCCAUGUACACGCUAUCCAGAGAACCCCUUAAGGUGACCACAGCUGCGAGCUACAGUCCGGACCAGGAUGCUGGCUUCCUGCAGAUGCAUGACUUCUUCCAACAGGACCUAAAGGAGGGUUUCCACGUCAGCAUGCUGAACCGGCGGACGACUCCCGUGUGACCUGCCCACCCCUCUCGGCACAGGCCAACCCCCGAGGUGGCUGCUUUUGUGUGACACAGAACAGGGUGACCCUUAAGAUUAUAGACUGGACUGGAGCUGACUGCAAUCCUCCCUGGCCUCCAGAAGACGCCAUGGGCUAGCUCAGAGUGAGGGAAGUCGGGAGAUCAGAAUCAGGGAUAAGGUAGAAACAGAAGGCUGACGUUCUCCCAAGACAGGCUGCCCUGCUGCCCUCUGGGUUUUGGAACUUCUCAAGAGGCCCAAGAAUUUUCAAGAAGCCGCAUCAGUCUGCCUGCCAGAUGUCAAAUGCAUCCCCCUCGCUGGGCGCUGGGCCACAGCGAGGCUUCUCCCAGGCACUGGGACCUCUGGGCUCUCAUCGACUGUUUCCUGCCCAGAAAUUCCUGUGUCCUGGAGCCCGACAGGAGCCUAAGCUCAUUCCAUCCCCCUCUGUGUCUCCCUCAGCCUCUGUCUGGCCCCUGGUGGAGCUGGUGGUUGUAAAGAUCAUCCAUUCUGAAGAGAAAGCUCUAUAGCUAACUGGUGCUUCGACCUCGAGCUGUCCUGGGGGCCUGCUUCUCUCUGCCUCAGGAGAUCAGGAAACCAGGGCAAAUUUAGAGGCUCUGCUGGCUUUCCUACCUGCUUCUGGAAGUUUCCGCUGAGCUCGGAAAGCACAGGACAUAAUGACUAAUCUUGGAGGUCUGAGGUGAGCGUUUUUCACGGGUCUGAGGGACGGUGGGUAUGUGGCCUUUGGUUCUGUCCUUCCACACUGGCCCGAGGAGCCACUGUCCCCUGAGCAGAAGAAGAAGAGGGCCCUGCUGGGGCACAGAGCCAUACUCCCACUUCCAACCUGGUACAUCUGAAACAGAUGUACAAGCUUAAGGACAAGAAAGGGAAACCUGAGAGUGAGCAGAGACAAGGAAGAGCGAGCAUCAUUUUCUGAGUGGUUGUGAGUGGUGGCAUGCUGAAGAGCAUCGUCAGAAGAGCAAGCUGUACUCACCUCUUUGUCCAUCUCCCCCCAACUCCUGCCAUUAUAAUUUAUUCUGCCCACACCAGGACUCUGUGAGCAUUUGACCCAAGGGGCCAUGCUGGGCUUUCUAUCUUUGCCUGAAUCAAAAGAUGUGUUCUGUGUCCUACUGUUUGUCCACCCUACCCUCUUUCUCUUGAGGUGGACGGAAAACAAAACAAAACAACCAGACGAUUGUGUUCAGGUUCGAAAGAACUCUCCAGAAAGUGAAACUCACCCUCUUUUCUAUAACACACGUGCUUUCUAAGGAUCAGUCGUUUCUUACUUUUUGAGACUUCUUAACCCACUUUUGAACAGUAGUCAUCCGUGACCCCGGUAACUGUCUCACUUAGAAGUGACAACAAGCCAAUUCUUACCUCAGUCACCUGCUCAUGGAGCCCCAUCCCCACUCCCACCCCUUAGGCUAACUCGGAGUUCAGACGCAGGUCCAUCAGUCCUUUCCUGCCCCUGCCCCACCACCAGAAGGAGACAACCCAUAUCCUAGCUCCAGCCAGUUGCCUACGAGCUGGUGAGCUGAGACGUGAGCAUGCCAAGAACCAUGCCCUCCUGACCAGGUUGGCUCCAAGCAUGUGCUGCAAAUGAGCACCAAUGUCAAGACAUGUGUGGUCCGUCCCUGCUGCAGGCCCUCUCCCUGCCUACCUACCCACCCAUCCUCCCCUCUCCUCUACCACCAUUAUUACAUCUAAUGAGGCUGAAGGAAACCCCAGCCCCCAGGGAGACCCAGGAGCUGUCUGAUGUCUCUUCUGGCAAUAGAGCAGCAGCCUGUGGUAAAACUUCCACGCAAGCCACCACCAUCCCAACUGUGGUCCCAGAAGGGUCCAUGAUUCCACCUAAGAAAGCUGCGUUCCCAUGACUCCUACCUCUUGUCCGGUUCCAGGCAGAGUGCACAGGCCCACUCCAGGGACCAAGAAGGAGAUAGGAAGAAGAGAGACAGGGGUAGAACCCAGGGAGAAGACUUCAGUGGUCCCAGCCCUUGCAGCCUUUCUCCCGCUGACUGCUGGCCUCAUUCUGGAGACCCUGGCCUCCAGCCUUGCCCUCCCAGUGGGACAAAGGGAGCAGAACUGGACCCUGCUGCUGACAGGCUCAGGUCUGGCUCCCUCUCUGAAGGGACAUGUGACAUGAACCCACCCUUCUUCUGUCCCAACCCCUCCCCAGUGUGUUUCACCAGUUAAGCCCCUGUGACUCUGUACCCAUCAAUGGUUUGGGAUUGUUAGU